AUGACCACGGAGAUCGCCCCUAAUACCAAUCUAACGACGGCCUGUCUGGAACCCUCCUUUGCGUUUCAAUCCUUUGACUCAGUAGUCAAAUGCCUCCAGGAAUAUGGCCAACCAGAGUCUGACUAUCUCAACGACGUUCUUGGCGUUUCGUCGAAGAGUGCAUUUGGGGCUGUGAUGGCAGGGUGCAUUGACCAAUACUGCGAAGCCCCAGAUCCAGAUCUAGGAGGAUGUGGUGCAAACGACCACAGUAAAAACUAUACUGUUUCGUUUUGGGAUUCGCCAUAUUUGGAUUUUUCUGCAUGUGCAGAUCUCGAUGAAUCGGUAAAUCAGGAUAUCGGAGGUAUUGGGGUCUUUAUUUCGUAUAUAAUGCAGCUAAUUAUUAUCGUGUACAUAUGGCUAGCUGUUCGUUUACUGGUAUUCAUUCCUGCAGCCAGUCGAUUUUUCCGAUACCUACCCGCUGCCAUGAGGUGGUGGAUGGAUCCGCGGAAGAAAACGUUGGACAAAGAACGAAGCCAAGAUCUACAGAUACGCCUUACAAAAAGAUUCGGGCAUCAUCAAACCGUGCUACAAGCGAUGUUGGUCGAAUUCCAGGAGGCACAAUGUUUCUUUAUGCUGUCGAUCCAGGCAGCAGCCCUUAUUGCACUUUCGACUGGACCGCAGGUAUUUGAAGCGACCAGCUUUGCACAACUGGAGUCAAAUGUUUCUGCCAUAGCUUUGGUGGCGCUCAUGGGUGUCGUACCGGUCACGUUUGGUCUAUGGGUUCUACAUAAAGUCGGCAUGAACUCGUGGUAUACAAUGUUCUGGUCCACCAUCUCCGUGGCCUUGUCCAAUGUGACAUUGUAUAUGGGUAACUCGUCGCCAUCCGCGACGAGUCUCGUGACGAUCUCGAGUACCGAUCGCCUGGACAAGUGUGGUCAUUACGGUCCUCCGCUGAUUUAUUGUUACGGGUACUCCGGUUCAACAAUGGGCAGCUACAGCCCUUCGAUGUUCAUUCUCAGAAUUAUAAACUACGUAUCUCUCGCCUUCUAUGGGAUAAUUGUACUUAUGUGGCUCGCUCCAUACCUCAGGCGAUGCAUGCAGAAGAAUGAGUGGUCUCAACACACCUAUGUUCGAGUACAUCAAGUAUUGACAGCUAGAUGGGCCCGAGCUUUUGGACGUGUCUGGACCGUCUUUGUGGAACUUGUAUCUAUGCUCUUCUGCGUGGUUUAUGGCAUUUAUCUUACCAGCAGAAACUUCGGCGCCUUUGAUGCCGAUAGUUGGAGCUUUGGCCAGAUUAUUGCGGUUACCAUCUGGGCCCCGGUGAUAUGCAAGUACUUCUAUUGGGCUAUGUUCGGUACGGAGUCCUACUCUGCUAUUCGUGUUCCGGAACCAUAUAAGAUCUUGCGAGUCCGAACAUCCAAUAUACUUGAAACUGGAUCACGUUCGGAAGAUGGAGAAAGGCUGUUUAUCCAUAUACCAUCUACGAGUGAUUUGAACCUGGGGCAGAGCUCGACCCAGGUUACCGAUGUUGAAUUGACGUCGUUGAAGAGUAGGACUACUGGAAUGAGAGAGGAGCCUGAAGAGAAGCAAGCGAGAUGGAAAGCCCGCGAGAUGAACUAA